AUUUAAAAAAUAAACAUAAUUUAAAAAUAUUAUUUUUUGGGUGUGCAGGGUUAAAUUCAUUCUUGAACCCUCGUUUGUUUCCCACCACUACUCUUCUUCUCUUUCGUUUCGCUCUCACUCCCUCUUCCUUCUUCGUCUUGCAAUCAUGUUGUUCUUCUCGUACUUCAAGGAUUUGGUGGGUAGAGAAGUCACGGUGGAGCUCAAGAACGAUUUGGCCAUCAGAGGAACCUUGCAUUCCGUUGACCAGUACCUCAACAUCAAGCUCGAAAACACUCGCGUUGUUGAUCAAGACAAGUACCCUCACAUGCUAUCUGUAAGGAAUUGCUUCAUCAGAGGGUCGGUAGUGAGAUACGUGCAGUUGCCUCCUGAAGGAGUGGACAUUGAACUAUUGCAUGAUGCCACUAGGAGAGAAGCUCGGGGUGGUUGAUUUCAUUAUUGUGUAAUGUAUUUUUAUAUGGGAAUUCGAUAGGCUGAAAUGUCAUGGAUGUUAUCUUCCCUAUCAAAGAUAGAAACUUCUUACGAAUUAUGUAACUGCUAUUGCAUUUCCCUUUAUUUCCUUGAGAAGCAUUGGCUAGUUUUAACUGUUA